ACCUCCUAUUUCUAUGGCCACACUUGAGGACUUUUAAGUUUUAACACUUCCCACCCCCCAGCUUCCUUUCUUGGUUGGUCAGUGCCCUCUCUUUCUCUCUCUCUCUCUCUCUCCUCUUUUGUUUCCUGCCUGCUUCUCAUUUCCACCUAUCGCAUCUCAUCCACAUGGUUUCUUCCUCCCACCUUCUGAAUUUGCAGGUCGGUCUUUUUAAAUUCCUUAAAGAACUUCUCCUCGUUUUAUUUACUACAAGAAAUUACGUAUAUGAGUAUCUUUUCUUAUUCAAAUUAACCUUUAUUUACACUACCCACCCCCCCUGUUCCCUUUAUCAUUCAUUGCCUUUAUAACUCCCCUUCCUCUCGCCCACCGUUUUCAUUCUCUAUCCUCAACACCACAACACCCAAAAACCCAGUUUCAGAGGGGGUGAACAGAGAUGACUUUCCAUAGAUCGUACCUUUCCAUGGCUACCCUUUUGUUGUUCGCCUUCUUUGUCUUGUCAUCGGCGCUCGAUAUGUCGAUCAUCAGCUACGACGAACACCACGGCGAGAAAUCUUUUUCGUACUUGAGGACAGACGGUGAGGUCAUGACGAUGUACGAGUCGUGGCUUGUGAAGCACGGCAAGGUGUACAACGCCUUGGGAGAGAAAGAGAGGAGGUUUCAGAUCUUUAAAGACAACCUCCGAUUCAUCGAUAACCACAAUAACGCCGGCGAGAAAGCGACGUAUACUCUCGGUCUGAACCGGUUUGCCGAUCUGACUAACGACGAGUACCGGUCCGUGUACUUGGGAGUCAAGCCCCGUACCAAACGGAUCUUGUCGAGGACGAAGGUGAUAAGCGAUCGGUACACUCUCAAAGUCGGUGAGAGCUUACCGGAUUCCGUCGAUUGGAGAACCAAAGGUGCCGUCGGGCCGGUCAAAGAUCAAGGAAGCUGUGGGAGUUGUUGGGCUUUUUCAACAAUUGGUGCUGUGGAAGGGAUAAACCAGAUUGUCACUGGGGAUAUGAUCCCUCUGUCAGAGCAAGAGUUGGUGGACUGUGAUACUUCUUAUAAUGAAGGAUGCAAUGGUGGCCUCAUGGACUAUGCUUUUCAGUUCAUUAUCGACAAUGGUGGCAUUGACUCUGAAGAGGACUACCCCUAUAAAGGCAGGGAUGGCAGAUGCGACCAGUACAGGAAAAAUGCAAAGGUUGUUGCAAUUGAUGGUUAUGAAGAUGUCACUCCAAAUAGCGAGAAGGCAUUGAAAAAGGCAGUUGCAAAUCAACCCAUCAGUAUUGCCAUUGAAGCUGGUGGCAGGGCUUUCCAGUUCUACUCAUCGGGAGUAUUCACAGGUGAAUGUGGUACAGCGCUGGACCAUGGUGUCGUUGCUGUUGGAUAUGGUAGUGAAAAUGGUAAGGAUUACUGGAUUGUGAGGAACUCAUGGGGCCCAGACUGGGGAGAAGCUGGCUAUCUCAGGAUGGAGCGUAAUUUGCAUGACACUGACACUGGCAAAUGUGGAAUUGCAAUUGAGCCCUCUUACCCUGUCAAGACAGGUCAAAACCCCCCCAAUCCCGGUCCAUCUCCUCCAUCUCCAGUAAAGCCCCCCAGUGUUUGUGAUGAUUAUUACUCUUGCUCAGAGAGCAGCACUUGCUGCUGCGUCUAUGAAUUCAAUGGUGAUUGCUUUGCCUGGGGAUGCUGCCCUCUUGAUGGUGCCACAUGCUGUGACGACCAUUACAGUUGUUGCCCUCAUGAGUAUCCCGUGUGCAAUGUUUAUGCAGGGACUUGUCAAAUGAGCAAGGACAACCCAUUGGGAGUGAAGGCAAUGAAGCGCACUCUUGCUAAACGCACUCUUGCUAAACGGAUGUGGACUCACGGCAUAGAAGGAAAGAAGACCAGUGCUUGAUAAACUUUUAUAGCUUUAAAGCAGUGGAUUAGGAGAGCAAAAGCAAUUGGAGGACGAAAGAAAACCUGUGCUUGAUGAUCUCCUUACCAUAAUCAUAAUCAUACUGCUUACAUGAUUUUCCACCAUUGCAGUACAAUUACAACCAGAUGGAUGGUCUAUUUAUGAUUAUUCAGUGCUGAUUUGUAUAUAGUGCUUUGUAUACCUGUGUUUCAUUUGAACGGCAAACCGAUUAUGAAUCUGCUUUGUGACAUUAUGUAUAUAGGUCUCGUAUCUCAGGCACCACAUUGUGGUGUCUUCCAUGAACUAAUUUAUAAUUCCAAUGCUACUUGUAGCUCAUUUGAUGGUAAAGACAAGUUCUUUUUUAUCAAUUCUCUACAGUUAUCUUCGUUUCUAUUAUUAUAUGAUAUGUGACCAUCAAUUAGAGUUCAUGUUUUGUAUUUUGCAUCUUGUGUUGCUGUAGAUAUUGAAAGGUAUGUCGAAGUUCAUGAUGCCCUUUUUCCGGUCGCUGUUCCUUCAAAUUGUUCCCAUCUGCAUGUACCAGAAAGGUAUGUUGAAAGAAUAUUGAGAUUUCCUUAUUUUGGAAAAUUAGAAGCAACACUACAUUGGAUUGUUCGGAUUGAAUGUUCUUGUGAAAUGUGAAUGUAUGUAUCUAAUGCUUUAUGCAUGAUGUUUGGAGUGGUGUUAUUUACUGGCCUCAUUCGGGGUAGGCCUCAAUCAAAGAAGGAUAGUUAAAACUGAUUUCACUCGUUCUCUUGCCCUUACCAGACGCUUACCUCUGAACUAGGCUACCCUUCAUUUGCCACUACUUCAUUCCCUUUAUUGCAUCUUUUCAUCAAGCUUGUUCCAUGUCAGCCCCUUCAUUGCCUCAUUCUUUUGCCUGUAAUUGUAUUCACUAGCCCUAAUUCCAUCCCACAUUCUCGUGUAACUUGCGCCCUAUUGUGUCUACUUGCAGCACAUGUGGUAGAUUUGGAGUAUAGAGGGGCUGCAGAAUUUUUAACCCGGCUAAGUUAAAGAAUAGAAGUCCUGAAAUGGGAAAUAUGAUUAUGAUUUUGCUUGUAGUAGAGA